AUGGGUGAUUGGAGUUUCCUUGGGAAUAUUUUGGAGGAAGUGAAUGAGCACUCCACUGUGAUCGGAAGAGUGUGGCUGACAGUGUUGUUUAUUUUCCGCAUCCUUAUCCUUGGCACGGCUGCCGAGUUCGUGUGGGGGGAUGAGCAGUCUGACUUCGUUUGCAACACUCAGCAGCCGGGCUGUGAAAACGUCUGCUACGAUGAAGCGUUCCCCAUCUCGCACAUCCGACUCUGGGUACUGCAGAUCAUUUUCGUAUCCACGCCGUCCCUGGUGUAUGUGGGCCAUGCGGUGCACCAUGUCAGGAUGGAAGAGAAGAGAAAGGACAGGGAAGAAGGGGACAGACAGCAGCACAUGAACACUGAAAGGCUACUCUUAGCUCCUGAAGAGGCUCUGAAAGACAUCGGCAAGACCAACAAGAGAUUUCGCCUGGAGGGGACCCUGCUGAGGACCUAUAUCUGCCACAUCAUUUUCAAAACCAUCUUUGAGGUGGGUUUUGUGGUUGGUCAGUACUUCCUGUACGGGUUCCGCAUCUUACCCCUGUAUCGCUGCGAAAGGUGGCCUUGCCCCAACUUUGUUGACUGCUUUGUCUCCAGGCCAACGGAGAAGACAAUCUUUGUGAUUUUCAUGCUGGCCGUAGCCUCGGUGUCCCUCUUCCUGAAUUUCGUGGAGGUAAGUCACCUGGGCUGGAAGAAGAUCAGGUUUGCUUUCCGAGAGCCUGGCCAGCAGCCUGAAGCCUACCCAGAGCCCAAGCCAUACCAUUCCAUUGAUGUUGCUUCGGUACCGAAAGCGAAAGGGUACAAGCUCCUGCAAGAGGACAAACCUACUCCCCCUUUCUUCCAACUGACAGCAGCUGGGGUAGACCUGAGCUCGGUGCCGUCCAUCACCUAUCCGGAGAAAGCAAAGGGUGUUGGCCCGGUAGAUAACCUGGUAAAGAUUCAUAACGAGACUUUGCUGUCUUACCAACAACAUGAAGAUGCAGAUCCCGAGCAGCAGGCUGAACAGGCGGUACAGGCUGAUCCCGAUCCUGUCCCACUCGCAGAACCCGAGGAAGAGGGAGAGAAGAACGAACUGGAACCUCUGACAACAGCCAAUGAGAGCCUGGCAGAUACACGGCCCCUCAGCAGGUUAAGCAAAAGCAGCAGUCGAGCUCGCUCUGAUGAUUUAACUGUCUGA